GGCGGGGACUAGUCUCGUCCGGAGACUGGCGGCGGCGGCGGUAGCGGCGGCCGGAGCUCGAGCCCCAGCGGCUGAGAGCGGGCGGGCGGGCGCGGGGGAGGGAGGGGGGCCGGUCUGCGACGACUCCCCGGACGGCGUUUCUCCUUCGAGCGGCGCCGGUUUCGGCUUUGGGGGGGGCGGGGGUACAGCCCAUCCAUGACCAUGGGCGACAAGAAGAGCCCGACCAGGCCAAAAAGACAAGCGAAACCUGCGGCAGACGAAGGGUUCUGGGAUUGUAGCGUCUGCACCUUCCGAAACAGCGCCGAAGCCUUCAAAUGCAGCAUCUGCGAUGUGAGGAAAGGCACCUCCACCAGAAAGCCUCGGAUCAAUUCCCAGCUGGUGGCACAGCAAGUGGCACAACAGUAUGCUACUCCACCACCUCCAAAAAAGGAGAAGAAGGAAAAAGUUGAAAAGCAAGACAAAGAGAAACCCGAAAAAGAGAAGGAGAUUAGUCCUAGUGUUACCAAGAAAAAUACCAACAAGAAAACAAAACCAAAGUCUGACAUUCUCAAAGACCCUCCUAGUGAAGCAAACAGUCUGCAGUCUGCAAACGCCACGACAAAGACCAGUGAAACGAAUCACGCCUCAAGACCCCGGCUGAAAAAUGUGGACAGAAGCACUGCACAGCAGCUGGCAGUGACUGUGGGCAAUGUCACCGUCAUUAUCACAGACUUUAAGGAAAAGACUCGCUCCUGCUCCACCUCCUCCUCCACAGUGACCUCCAGUGCAGGGUCAGAACAGCAGAACCAGAGCAGCUCGGGCUCAGAGAGCACAGACAAGGGCUCCUCCCGCUCCUCCACGCCCAAGGGCGACAUGUCAGCGGUCAACGAUGAGUCUUUCUGAAAUUGCACAUGGAAUUGUGAAAACUAUGAAUCAGGGUAUGAAAUUCAGAUCCUCCACCUGCCCGUGCCGCUUGCACCCUGGAGAAUCUUCUGUGGACACCGACCUCUUCGUGAUGCUGCAGGGUGGUUUCUGCUUGCCGUGGGCAUCUGGCCUCUGAGGAAUUUCGCACCCUGAUGAUUACUCUUGACACUUUUAUGUAUUCCAUUGUUUUAUAUGAUUUUCCUAACAAUCAUUUAUAAUUGGAUGUGCUCCUGAAUCUACUUUUUAUAAAAAAAAAAAAAAUCUGCUGUGCACAAUUUUCCAUGUACAUUACAACUGGUUUUGUUUUUGUUUUUGUUGGGGGGGGGCAAGUAAGGGAGGGGGCGGAAACGUUUUAUUUAUUGUGUUCACAAUGUCCAUCCUUUCAGCAUAUCCUUUUUAAGUUUAGUUCUUUCCAGUUAUACUAUGUACUAUCAGUUUUGAUAUAACUAUAUAUAUAUAUAAAUAUAAAAUUAUAUAUAAAGGGUUAUUUGAAACCAAUCCAUGGCAACGCUGGUGCUUGAUACACUGUGAAGUGAAUACAACGUUGAACAGUUACAGAUCUGGGACAGUUCCUCCUGUGACAGUGCUGACAUUAAAUUAAAAUCAGUCUUACAUGAAGUAUGUUCCAACCCAUGUGGGAACUUGACUCUCAUCUGUCUAAAGAGUACUGGACGAUAGAAAAAAAUAUAUAUAUUUUUUGAACAAUGUGAUCUCAAAUUUAAAGACUGCUCCAGAUAGCCUGCAUUUGCAAUGGAAUAACUGACAAAUCACAAGUGUUUUGUUGGGGAGGGCUUUGAUCAUUCAAAACUAAACUAGCUCCAGGGUGCCAAGUAUUCAAUGUAAAAUAUGGUUACAUGUUAACAUUACUGUUCUUACAUGAACACUCACAAAACUACGGUAUUCUGUAACUUGAAUUCCAUCCAUUUUCCAGGCCUCUACUCAUGUCUGAGGUAAAUCUAUAUAUUGUCUCUUAGUUUUAGGAUUCAACUGUCAAAACUAUUUUUUGGUCUGUUCAAGAAGCAAAUCCCUGUUUCCACUAGGCAUGUGACACUGCGAUGAUGGGUUUUGUAACAAGUUUGUUUUCCCUCAUUUCUUCUUGUUUAACCGAUACAGUUGUAAGAAUAUGUUUUCUUAAAUUAUCGUUUCACUGGACAAAUGUUGUCAGUCUCAACACGUUCAUCUGGGCAUGGAGAUUUUCAGUGUUUGGAGACUUCUCAAGUCCCUGCCAUGGGAAGUAACUCAAGAGGGGAAGGGCUUGCAAGUUUGUAGUAGAAGUUGCAGGGAAAGCUCAAACUUCCUGCAAACAAGUUUUCUUCCCUCAAGAUAGCUUGAGUAAACGGCUCUCAAGUUUCUUUUCACUUUCUUUUAUGUCAUGCAAAAAUAAAAAUAAAAAGACAAAGACCACUAAUGUGAUUCCACCCCUCCUCAUUUAAAAAUGUUUUGCUUCAUCUCACUCUGUUUGGACUGGGGGUCUGGGGGGAGUCUCAGAUUUCACUUUGCCAUGUCCACAAGGUUCACUUUGGAGGAGUCAUUUCACGUUACCUUCCUUUAUUUGAUCAUACUUUAAGAGACUCACGGGAGGGCAGCUGAUUUAUAAUGACACAUCAUAUUUUGGUGUGAAAAAACUUGGUUUGCAUAAGAAAUAACUUCUGUCUGUGGAGGCAACGAGUAAAAAAAAAAAAUAUAUAACAGCUUGAUUUGAGUAGCCAACGGGAAAGGUUCCUUUCACAUUUACAUUAAAACUAUGCUGUAGUCACUGAUGCACCGUAACUUAAAUUCUGUCCUCAAAAAGUGUAGAUUAUAAAGCAGUGCCAUUUGGUGCUGUGGUCUAUUCACAGAUGCAUGGACAAUGGUCCCCUUUUUAAAAGAAUGCUUGUAUCCGGAAUGCAAGCUACACGUCUCUUUUUUAAAUACAUUUUUAAAGUAUUUAUUAAUGAACCAAAGGAAAUUCGAUGCUUUCUAUAUGCAUCAGGCUAUAUAAUACAUAGUGAUUUGACUAUGAAUUUUAAAUCCACAUUUUAAUAUUAGUGGGAUAUUGCAAAGACAUUCCUUCUAAAGUUUUAAUAUUCCUUUUAUUAAGGGUCUCAGGGAGGGUUAAUUAGCCAGCCAUAUUUAUUUUCCAGGGAUGUAAGGAAUUGCUAAGUUUUUUAAAAUUAACUUAAAAAAAAAAAAAGCUUAAAUGCCACCAAACUCAGAUAGGUUGCACUGCAUUUUUGAACCAAUAAGUUGGUAUGCACCUUGUUCAAAAACACUGCACUAUUUCAAAUUUAGUUUCAUGUAAAGUGAUUGGAUCCCUAGAUUAGUGGAAGAAGCUGAUUAACCAGCUACUCAUAGGCUAAUUCGUUCAUUGCCAGUGUUGGUUUUUCAGUUUUGCCUCCGUGAAAAGGGCAAAGGAAGGGAGGUUGGGGAUGAAUUUGCCAUUUUGAUAGACACCGCAGGACUUCCCAGCAAUCAGCUGUUCUGGGCCAGUCCCUUAGCUGAAUUGUGUAUUCUGGUAAAAUAGUGACGUGGUAGGUCCUUUAGACUUUUAAUUUCUGAAAUUGAUGGCAUCCCUCAGGCAUGUAUUCUGGAAAUGGAAUUCCUAUAACUCUGCAGUUUGCCCUACAAUUAGUAGGCAGCGCAUAAAAAAUAAAAACACUAGUGUAGAUUAUAAAGAUGUAUCUAUCUUAAAAGAGGACCAGAAAUACUUGGUAUUCAGUGGCACAGUAAGCAGGUUAUAAAAACAGAACAAACCCCCAAAGCACAGUGUUAAUGCUUACAAGUUUCCAUUUGUUUGGGCACUACACAAUCGCUCACACUUGUGCAUACGCACACACAGAGCUGACCUGACUUGCUCUGCUUGAGUCACGCAGUUAAAGGAAAAAAGACAUCUCUUGACACCCACAAAAUAAUUGAAUCAAAACCUUUCCGUUUCAAUCUGGAUAUUUAAUAACAUUGGCAGAAGCUUCUGUGAGUUUAGUUCCACUAGGAUAUUUCACCUGCCUUAUCAAGACCAUUCUCAGUCUACUUUUUUAAGCGACCAUAUCUUAAAUUAUUGAAAAUUUAUUAAUUGCUGACUAUAUAAUAACCUUUGCUUGUAUGUAACCGAUAAUGGUUUAAGAGCCAACAUUUAGAGUAUGACAAUGGAGCUGAACAGUUUUUAAUGCGCAAGCAGUUCUGUUCUUGUGUAUGACUUGUAACCUUAAUUUACUGUGUAAAGAUGGUUACAUUAUUUCCUUAGCUUUGUUUGUUGGAGACAAAUAGAGAAUGCUUGUUAAGUAUGUCAAAACAUAAUCUUAUCUUGUGAAUUUUUGUUCAUGUAUUAUACGAGCUAUAUUUUUCAUUUGCCCAAAAAGACAGCUUGUAUAACGCUUUUGGAAGUUUCUGCUCUGUAAUGUCUUAGAGCUGACAGUCUGUUAGGUUUUUUUCUCAUGCUAAAGUGUCAGUUGGUGGUUUUGUGAACUGGUCAGAAAUUCACAGGUCUUAAAUGUUUUGGGGAAAUUUAUAUUGGACACUGCUCUUUGUCUAGCAAAUAAAAGAUGUUAAUAUAUUCCUGUUACUGGCAUGUGCACGACUAUGUUAUUAGAAGCCACUUUAUCAUUUUCCUGCUUUAAAUAGAAAUGUCUAUUUAUGAAUUCUGCUUGUAGUUUUUUCACAAAUAAAAUAGUAAAAUUUA